AUGAAGCCGGUGGUGUCUGCUUUCAAUGCCUGGACCUGCACGGUCGUAUCAUGCUUCGCCGUCGUGAUCCUUUCUGUCAUCGGCAGCCUCUUUUCGAGGGACCACCAUAUGAUGAUGGGCAUGGAAGAAGAUCCUGAAGACCACGCUGCGGUCGCCUCGGCCAUCUUCAUCAGCGUAGCAGUAUAUGCUGGCUUUCUGGUAUUCUGCGGCUUCCAGGCCUGGCUACAUGUACGAGCGAGUCGAAGGGGAGCGAUAUCACUAUGA